AUGACACAAUCGGCCACGCCACUUUUUGAGGACGAUAGCCUUCCCAGCUGCAAUGUCAUCCGCACCAAGUUCAACAAGCUCUUUGACUCGGGCGUCAUGAACAAGGCUGAGUUCUGCAGAGCCACCGAUACAAACUCAAGCUCCCUUGACAAAUUCCUCAAGCAGAAAGGUCCCUUUGGCGGAUGUAACAGUUCCGUCUGGCGUAACGCAUAUGUAUGGUUUCAACAGCGUGAAGUCAUGGGUCUCAAAAUGCCAGACGCCAAGAAACGCCAGCUCCAUGAGAGCAAGAAGGAUGCUGCCGAAGGAACUCCCUCUAAGGCUAUACCUUCAAAAGCUCUUCCCGAUAUCAGUGACAUUCACCUAGAAGGCGAAGAAACAGACGAUGUCCCCAUCUAUGAUGACUGCGAUGAGAUCCGGCGCAAGAUAAACGCGCACAUGACAAUCCCUAGCGUGACGCAAGCGCAGUAUCUACGCGCAGUUCAAGGCGCCGACGUGCAAGGGGAUCCAGUCAAAGCAGCUUUCGGACUUUAG